AUGUCUUCAAACCAAGAUGACCCACAAAAGCCAGUGACUCCACGCAAGAACGCGUCCAGAAGUUCAGCGUCAGUGACUCCACUGGCUCAGUUUAAGCGUUCAAGUGAAGAGCUUCAAGCAGAAAUAGUAGUCGGUGCCCAUAAAGACGGCGAUAGCCGCGAACUGUCCGAUGUCGCCACCUCAGUCGCCUCUACCGUGCUUUCCGCGUCCUCCUUGAAAGACCAUGAUCAGACAGAGGCCGAGAUUCUCGAUAGUGAAACGCUCAGAACACGAUUGAAACUCGACGACUGGCGCUGUGGUGGGUGUAAACCAAAUGGGGAGCCUUGUCAACGACGAAUAUCUAAAAAGCGACAAGUCAAGAUCUGCUCCCAACUCGACCAAAUGUUGACUCUUUCGCAAUCAAGCGAAGGUUUCGACGAUGAGCUAGAGGAGUUAAUCACGCUUGUACAUUGUCAGUCUCAUGAUCAUGGAUAUGCUAAGGAAGAUCGGCUCGAGCUCUGGGCUAAGGUCUUCCCCCAAGGCUCUGCCAGCUCCACUGUCACCACUGAAAAACAAAUCAAAAAGGCGUUCGGUCGGCUGGAGCAGCGUUGCAUAGGGAUGAAUCAGAAGAAAGAGCGCUGCCGUCGAAGUAUUGGCGGCCAAAGGGUUCAAAAUUGCCGCAAAACCAUCGACGAAAUCUUGCAGCCAGAUGUUUACGAGGAUGCAGAACUCCUCGAGGGAUAUUUGAGAGUACUUGAGGUGAAUAUGUAUUGCCCUUCUCACAUCGACAAACAAGGAUAUAAAAUGGUCAGCACGUGGAAAUCAAGCAUCAUCGGCAUCCUUAAGAAGUCCAAACCCGAAUUUGUUCGAGAUGCCAAUCUACUUAUAUCCUCGGUCGAGGACGAUGCUGAAGCCGUCAAUAGCGGAGCUGUAUCCGAAAGUACUGAUAACACUAAAGAGACUGUCUGGCGCAAUGGACAGCUGCCGACUCCAAGGAACACACGCUCGUUAUCGCCCGAGUUCUAUCAUAGUCCAUCCAAGUUUUGGCCCUCAGCCUCGGACGCUAGUUCUCUCAAAAGGCUGCCAAGGUUCGACGACAUCCGAAACCCCAAGGAAUGUUAUGAUCUGGUGAAGGAGGUUGUCACACGCAACUUGGCCAAAACCCACAACACAGGGGGCUAUGUGUACUUGUACGAAGUAGAGGGUAAUGAAGGGGUUGUCAAGAUCGGAUACACCAAAACACUCGAAAAAAGGCACAAAGAUUGGGCUUUUGAUUGCAACCGGGAGACAAAGCUCUUAUACCCACUGUCAAAGGACAGUUUGGAGGAGGUCCCGAAUGCACCCCGUGUUGAAGCUCUCUGCCACAGUGAGCUACAUUAUUGUAGGAUUCGGGUGGAUUGUAGGGCGUGUUUGAAAGAGCAUAUUGAAUGGUUUGAGAUAUCACCGAAGAAAUGCAUCCAGGUCAUCAAGAAGUGGUCACAAUGGAUGAGAACAAAUCCCUUCGAAAACGUUGCGACUGACCAGGGGAGACUUUUGAAAAAAGAGGAAAACGAGAAGACGAAGGACAUGGAUGAAUUCAUGAAGAGCGUUGCCAUGCUAGCCUAG